UCAAUUCACUGAUAUUUCUUGCAGAAUUAAAUGUCAGCUUCAAUUAUUCUUCAUUUUAAACACCAAAAUGGCAAAAUGAAAAUGAAACAGUAAGUACAGCAAGGAACACGUGGGGUAGUUAGAACCAAGAACAACACCAAACUUGUUUCAAAAAAGUUUGGGCUUUCUUUGUUCCUCUGCCCAUAUUUCAGGAAGAUAGAAAUACCCAACUCAUCCUCAUCAUCAUUUCUCUCCCUCUCUAAAAUGGGUUCAUUUUGGUCUUCUCUUCUUCACCUUCUUUUUCUUCUCUUCCUUGUUCUUGUCUCUUCAUCUUCUUCUUCAGCUGAUAACAAUGAUCUCUUUGAAACAUGGUGCAAACAACAUGGAAAGAUCUAUUCUUCUCCAGAAGAAAAACUCCAAAGAUUUCAAGUGUUUGAAAAAAAUCUUGCAUUUGUCAACGAACAUAACAAUAUGGAAAAUUCCACUUACACCCUUGCUUUGAACUCUUUUGCUGAUUUAACCAAUCAUGAAUUCAAAGCUUCAAGAUUGGGUCUGUCUGCUUCUAAUGGAGUUCCUAGGAACUAUUCAUCAUUUCUUGGAGGGACUGUUGGGGAUAUUCCAGCUUCUCUUGAUUGGAGAGAGAAGGGAGCAGUUACACCUGUGAAAGAUCAGGGUAGUUGUGGUGCUUGUUGGUCUUUCUCAGCUACUGGUGCAAUGGAAGGCAUAAACAAGAUAGUCACAGGAUCUCUUGUUAGUCUCUCUGAACAAGAGCUAGUUGAUUGCGACAAGUCUUACAAUAGUGGGUGCAAUGGUGGACUUAUGGAUUAUGCAUAUAAAUGGGUUGUGAAGAAUGGAGGGAUUGACACCGAGGGAGAUUAUCCAUAUCAAAUGGGAGACAAAACCUGCAAUAAAAACAAGUUAGAAAGGCGUGUGGUAACUAUUGAUGGUUAUACUGAUGUACCAGCAGACGAGAAUGAAUUACUCAAGGCUGUUGUAACUCAACCCGUGAGUGUGGGUAUAUGUGGUAGUGAUUCGGCAUUCCAACUAUACUCCAAGGGGAUCUUCAGUGGACCAUGUUCAACGUCUUUGGACCAUGCUGUGCUGAUCGUUGGGUAUGGGUCUGAAAAUGGGGUGGAUUACUGGAUUGUGAAAAAUUCAUGGGGAACAAGUUGGGGAAUUAACGGGUACAUGCACAUGUUACGUAAUGGUCCGAGUAAAGAAGGUGUAUGUGGGAUAAACAAGCUAGCUUCAUACCCAACUAAGACGAGUGCAAAUCCACCAACCCCUCCUAAACCUCCGGGUCCAACUAAAUGCAGUCUUUUCACCAAGUGUGCAGCAGGGGAAACCUGCUGUUGUGGCCACACUUUUCUGGGAGUAUGCCUUUCAUGGAAAUGUUGCCCACUGGAUGGUGCCGUGUGCUGCAAGGACGGCAAGCACUGUUGCCCGCAAGAUUAUCCAAUCUGUAAAACAGAAACAAACCAAUGCUUCAAGGCAACACAAGGUACUGGGAAUUCAACGUUUACUAAAGCCCUUGAAAAGAGAAGUUCUUCAGGAAAUUUUGGAGAUUGGAGUGCCUUUUUAGAGGCAUGGAAUUUCUAAAAUCUCAUACUUACACUAGUAGCCUAAGCUGGUUGAGUUAACUUCUGUUGUACUAGUAAUGUACUGUAUUACAUUGCACCCGGUUUCGCCAAGGUUGGGACCUGUUAUUUAUUUAGUCCCAAAUGCUUAUAUGAUUGUAGUUUUCAGACAGUUUCCAUGUUCAUAUUUAUAUACGAACAAAUAAGCAGUGCCAUGAAUGUGUGAAUAAGUAUUACGAAAUGCUUCUCUUAAAUAAAUCGGAUCUCUGGGAUUAUAAAUGGA